AUGGUGCUACGAAUGGCGAGACUCACUGACGAUGCCGACUACGAUGUCGGCGAAACGUCUGGGAAUGUACCGCGUCCACGGUCCUCCUCUGGAAAUGAUCAUGCAGACAAUGGACUCCGGAGU